GCACCACCAGCAUCUUCAACUUCUUUAAAUGCGUACACCACCACCCACUUGCGAUUCAUUCACACAAAGGAGCUGCUAUAGCAUUUGAAGGACACAACACUAGUUCUCUUUGCAGAAAACCAAUUAACUUGAUGGAUUCAAAGAAGUCUAACAAGAUCAGGGAGAUUGUUAGGCUUCAACAGAUCCUCAAGAAGUGGAAAAAGCUAGCAAAUGCUUCAAAGAACAGCUCCAACACUACUUCAAGCACCAACACCAGCAAUGGCAGUACUGGCAGUAAAAGCAUCAAUUUCAUUAAGAGAACACUCUCUUUCUCAGAUGUUUCAGGGGCUUCCAAUGAUGUUGUCCCAAAAGGGUUUCUUGCAGUUUGCGUAGGAAAGGAGUUGAAGAGAUUUGUUAUCCCAACUGAGUACUUGGGUCACCAAGCAUUUGCGAUAUUACUAAGGGAAGCUGAAGAAGAAUUUGGUUUCCAACAAGAGGGAGUGCUUAAGAUUCCAUGUGAAGUGUCUGUGUUUGAGAAAAUCUUGAAGGUGGUUGAAGAGAAAAGAGAGGUGUUCUACUUGCAUGAAUUAGGUUUCAAUGCAGACAGUGGGUGCUACUCAUCAGAUUGUGAGCUUACACCCUCUCAUCAUCCUCAAAUGUGUAGAUGAUUACUUCAUCGAUUUUCUUCUUUACCAAAUCUUUUUUUUUUUUUUUGUCUUUAAUGUUGUGAAUGUAAUGUAUGAGGGAUCCAAUAUUGAGUGAGAUCGGAGGAGGAUUUAGGGACAAUAAUGUAGACUUCUCUUUAUUAUUGAGGGAAAUUAGUUACUAGUUAGAUAUCAACUAUAUAUGAUCCAAAUGUUAUUGAAUCUGCCAUUAUUUUGGUGCAAAGGAUAUCAGAUUUUCUUCAUUUGAAUGAAAACAUCGAGUUGCCUCUUAAGUGCAAUUAGUAGUAGCUA